AUGGUCCUCCCCCUCCACAAUGGGGGAUUGAUAAUUGAAUUCAACAAUGAACUCUUAGCCAAAUGGCUACAAGGAACAGAAGGCAAAACUCUACUAAUGGAACAACUAGGCCCAAUGACUUGUAUCCAAAAACAAACCUUCCCCAUAGUUGGUCAAUACCUACCCAUCAACCUUCCCCUCAGCAAUGUUGACCUAUUACACAGAAUCAAAAAGAACAACAACCUCCCAGAUGAAACCACAGCCUUCAUGCAUUGGAUCAAACCACCCCAAUGUCAAUCCAAUGAGCAAAGGAAAGCAUUCACAAUGAUUCAUCUUAGAGACGCACACAUGGCCAAUUCCAUUCUUCAAGAAGGCAUAUGCAUCACUAAUGAACAUAUUACAGUGCACAAAGAUAAGAAAGAGCCCAUCCACUAUGCCAAGUGUCAGAAAUUUGGACACAUUGCACACAAUUGCAAAACACUGGUAGACACAUAUGCAACCUGUGGAGGAUCCCACCACACAACCACAUGCAAUGCAUACCAAACAGAAUGCUGCAUUAACUGCAAAACCCAAAACCAUGCAAGCUGGAGCUGCUCAUGCCCAAUCUUCAAGCAAUGCUGUGAAGAACUCGACAAAAAAUACCCUGAGAACAGGAUGCCAUAUUUCCCAAUGGAUAUGGACUGGACACUAGUCAUAUGA